AAUGUUGUAGGCCCCACAAGAAGUCCACGAGGCAUUAUCAAGAAUGAGUGCACAGGCUGGAAAAGCACUAAAAGAAUUAGCAUCCAGCGUGGAAACAAUGACGUCAUCAUCUUAUAAAAUUAAUCCCCAAAUCGCGAGUCUUAAAAUCGCGUCCAGUAACCUAAAAUCAAUACUGAAAUCGGGUUUAUGUGAAGAAUAUUAUAAAAAUCUUUUGCAAGUAAUACCGGUUGCAGCGUUGCUUAUAGAUACAGUUGCCAGCGUGGAGCAAAUUGCUGACGCCGUUAACGAGCUUAGUUCCAUGGCAAACUUCAAGCGCACAGAUAUAAUUAACGGAGUUGACGGUGAACCGUCAAAUGAAAAUAAUAAGAAUAUUGAACAAAAUGCAAUUGUUGAUAUUCCAAGUGUUAUUAUUAUCAUUGAUGAAGAAACUGAUAAGGUUGUAAGCAGAUAAAUUUUUGGAAUAUG